GCGUACGAGGCGGAGGCCGCGCGCCGCGUCGCCGCGGGCAAGGUCUACCGCGUCGACGAGCGCGACGCGGACGAGACGAAGACGUGCGUCAAUAACCUGAAGGUCGACAAGAUGCAUUUCAAGAAUCAUACGGGAGCUUAUUGCAGAGCGAACUGCAACCCAAAGUUGAAGAACUUCAAAGAUUCCGUGAAGUACAUGAAGCCCGGUAAUUUCAUCUUCAUCCUCUACCUGCUCUGCGAGUUCCGCAACAACAUGAAGAUCGCCACGGCGGCCUACAAGAAGGCCCGCGCGAACAAGAAGCGAACGCGCGCCGCCGACUCCGAGUCCUCCGACUCCGAGUCGGACUACUAG